GUUACAGUAGGAGUUGUUCUAGACAAUAUUCUUAGAAUGAGAGAGAUGUCAAAAGACAAUAAAGAGUUAUUUGUCAUGGGAAACUUGCGUGAAAAACUUGGUACUGACCGGUGCAAGGAGGGAGAACGACAACGAGUGCGCUUUGAAUACAAUUUCCAAGGAAAGACGGUUUGCCAGAAAGCAUUUUGUUUGAUAUAUGACAUGGGGAAAAGCACUGUGAAGCGUAUUCAGAAACACAUUUCCACAAAGGGUGUAGGACCGCGGGUUCAUGGUCUAGUAGGAAGAAGACCGUCAAAUGCAUUUUCCUCUGACGUCAUCAAAGAUGCAGUGCAGUACUUAAUAAACUAUGCAAUCGAAGAGGGACUUCCACAGCCAGCACCACCAAGAGGCCGAGAUGAUACACCGCCCAUUUAUCUACCUGCAUCAAAAACUAAGAUCAUGAUUCAUCAAGAAUAUAUGGAAGCUUGUGUACAAAGUGGUAAGGUUCACGUUGGAAGGUCAACAUUUAAAAAUGUAUGGAAUCAGUGUGUCCCUCAUAUAAAAAUCAUGAAUCCGCGAGACGAUGUAUGCAAGACAUGUGAGGACUUUCGCGAUACCAUAUCUAUGGCUAGAAGUGAAGAUGACAAACUAGACGCCACUGCUAGUUAUCACCAGCAUGUUUUGUCUGCACGUGCAGAGCGAGAGGUGUAUCAGCAGUGUGUACAAGAAUCUACGGCUCUUUUCCGAGGUAGCUCACAAGAUCACAGCAAGGUCCAUUAUACAUUUGAUUUUAGUCAAUAUGUGAAAUUACCUCAUCACGCAAGAGAGAAAGGACCUACCUUCUUUAUACAGCCACGCAAGGUGCAGAUGUUUGGCUUCAGAAUAGAUGGAUAUCGCCAGUACAACUAUUUAAUAGAUGAAGACCAGACAAUAGGUGUAGACGGACAGUUGGCACAUGGACCCGAUUCUGUGAUCUCCAUGUUGGACCACGCCUUUGGUACGUUUUGUCACCAGGGAGGAGAUUGCACAAUACAUGCUGAUAACUGUUUUGGUCAAAAUAAAAACCGCUACGUGAUUGCCUACCUCUCAUGGAGAACUAUGACGAACAGACACGAUAAUAUCAAAUAUAUGAUGCAGUUACCUGGCCAUACUAGAUGUUUGAUUGACGCCGGUUUUGGCAGAAUUAAACAGAGGUAUCGUAGGGAGGAUAUUGAUACGCUUCAACACGUAGCGGAUGUUGUUGAUCUGUCAUCCUGUAGCAACGCCUCAGUUGUGUAUGGCAGGCAUACAUGGAAAUGGAGGCAGUGGAAGGCUUUCUUCGGCGACAGAUAUAAAAAAGUUCCGAAUAUAUCCAAGUACCACUACUUCCGGUUCACUUCAACAGACCCCGGAGCCGUAUUUAUGAAAAUGUCUGCGGUUGACACAGAGGAGACAAGGUUUGUCGUCUGUAAAACAAAUCUUCUUGCUAUGGAUUCAUACGACAUUCCCCAAGAAAUAAUGCCAGCUGGACUUAGCCGAGAGCGACAGCGCUACCUUUACAGCCAGGUUCGCCCGCUUGUGAGACUCCAGUUUCAGGAAGAAUUCUGUGCAGUACCAGCUCAAGAAUAGUGGACAUUUGAAAAGCAAUGUCUUUAAAUGGGAGUUUUAACGCUAGAAGUUUGUCGUCUCGUGAACAAAGUGUUUACAAAUGUGUAAAAAUGAGAUUUUUAAUUUGGUUAUAUAUCGUCAUGAUAAUAAACAGUGUAAACUUGAAAAUUGAAGUACAUACUGAAAUACCGGUUGGCGGACUUCUUUCACUGCUGUUACCAUGGGAACGGAUAAAUACGUGUGCUAUUUCAGAUAUGUUGCUUGUUAUAAGGGACGGCAUUUAAUGAUUUGUUGUUCUAAACAAAAAUGUUUUGAAUCUGAUUUCUAUAUGUUGCUUUAAAUGUUAUGUAAAUAAUUCCUUUUCACUACCGUUGUAUACUACUGAUGUUACUAAGUUUACAUAGAAAACUACUUUUUUUUAAUCAUAACAAAUUUGUAAUAAGUGAAAUUUCGUAGGAUAUUUUUGUAAAAGUGGAAAAAAUAUUUAAAAAUGUAAUGUUGUAAGUUUACCGGUGUAAAAAGUACUUAAAAUGUCUUGAAAGCCGCAUAAUUCUAUUCGCAAGUCAGUCGUUUCCAUGACAACAAAUAUUUGUAUAAAAAUAAAUACUUAUAUUUUAGAGAAAGUGUUUGUCUUUACAUAUGAUAUUAAAUGACUGUUGUAAAAUCACUAUAAUACAGUAGAUAAACAUAUAAAUCCAAUACUUCUUUUUAAUUGUUUGACAUUUUUGUUAACGUUUUCUUGACGUUAAUUGUGUAAUUUUUUAUUCAAGAUGACGUCUUUGGACUGAAAUGCUCAAAAAUGUACGUAAUAUACCUAUAGAAAGGUUUAUAUUUUUAUAAACAGUAUAAAGUGCAGAAUAAUAAUCAAUGAAAACCUAAAAAUGUCACAAAAUUACGUUAAGACAUAUUUCUGCUUGGCGCGGUUCAUGUAUUAGGUGUGUACAAUUUUAAACCUCACACACACUGUGUAACUGUCUAUACACAUAAACAUGUUAGUUGUAUGUUCAGAUAGUAUAAAGUAUAAUCUGGAUCCUUUUAUCUUUUACACGAUAGCCUUGCAAAAUAUUACUUUGAGGAAAAAUGUUCUGACUCAGCGAAACUCAUUGCAAUAUCAAUGUAUAUCUGGUACUAACCCUUACACAUUUGGAAGUUGAUUACAUCUUCGCAUAGUUUUAACUCGCCUAGAUAUGGCUUAUUAAAGAGCUUUUCGAUACCAAAUUUGUAAAUAGCCAGGGGAGCUAACUUUGAUAUUAAAAUGUCCAAAACCGGCCACAUUCUGAACCAUAUCAAGACGAAAUACUAAAGAUCUGAUCCUUAUUUAGAGUAUUUGCAAUUGUAUACAUACCCCUUGUAAAUGUUUGUUUUUUGUAGAUACAUUUUUAUAUAUACAACAAAUAUGUUUUAACUAUUAAAUGAUAAAACUAA